AUGGCCAGCACGUUAAGCCCCAGCACCAUGACUGGGACCCCAGAGCCACCUGCGAUGUCACAGCUCAUCCAAAACCCUGCUGACAUCUCUGUCAUUGUCAUCUAUUUCGUGGUGGUGAUGGCUGUUGGGCUAUGGGCGAUGCUGAGGACCAACCGGAACACUAUUGGAGGCUUCUUCCUGGCUGGGCGAGAAAUGGUCUGGUGGACGAUGGGCGCCUCUCUCUUCGCCAGUAACAUCGGCAGUGGCCAAAUUGUGGGGCUGGCUGGGACAGGAGCAGCUUCAGGAAUCGCCACUGCAGCAUUUGAAUGGAAUGCCUCACUGCUGUUACUGGCUCUAGGGUGGUUCUUUGUCCCCAUAUACAUCAAGGCAGAGGUGAUGACCAUGCCGGAGUAUCUGAAGAAGCGGUUUGGUGGGGAGCGGCUCCAGAUCUACCUCUCUGUCCUCUCCCUCUUCAUCAUUGUCGUCUUGAGAAUCUCAUCAGACAUGUUUUCUGGAGCCAUAUUCAUCAAAUUGGCCUUGGGAUUGGACCUUUAUCUGGCCAUCUUCAUCCUCUUGGCUGUCACUGCUAUUUACACAAUCACUGGCGGCUUGGCCUCAGUUAUUUACACAGACACCCUCCAGACCAUCAUCAUGCUGAUAGGUUCUUUUAUUCUCAUGGGGUUUGCAUUUGCCGAAGUUGGAGGAUACCAGAGUUUUGCAGAGAAGUACAUGAAUGCCGUCCCGUCCGCAGUCGAGGGGGACAACCUGACAAUCAGUCCCACGUGCUAUACUCCUAAAGCAGACUCCUUCCACAUUUUCCGAGAUGCUGUCACUGGGGAUAUUCCAUGGCCAGGAACCGUACUUGGAAUGAACCUCGUAGCUGCGUGGUACUGGUGUUCAGAUCAGGUUAUUGUACAGCGCUGCCUAUCAGGCAAGAACAUGUCUCACGUGAAGGCCUCCUGCAUCAUGUGUGGUUACCUGAAGCUGCUGCCCAUGUUCCUCAUGGUGAUGCCAGGGAUGAUCAGCCGCAUUCUGUACACAGACAGGGUAGCCUGUGUUGUACCUUCUGAAUGUGUCAAACACUGUGGCGUUGAAGUCGGCUGCACUAACUAUGCCUACCCAAUACUGGUGAUGGAACUGAUGCCUAACGGACUGCGAGGCCUGAUGCUGUCAGCGAUGUUAGCCUCUCUCAUAAGCUCUCUGACCUCCAUCUUCAACAGCGCCAGCACCCUCUUCACCAUGGACCUCUACACCAAGAUGCGGAAGCAGGCAUCGGAGAGAGAGCUCCUUAUAGCUGGAAGGCUAUUUAUGAUUCUAUUAACUGUCGUCAGCAUUGUGUGGGUCCCAUUAGUAGAGGUAGCUCAAAAUGGACAACUGGUCCAUUACAUAGAGUCAAUUUCCAGCUACGUUGGACCUCCAAUUGCAGCUGUCUUCCUGCUUGCCAUCUUUUGUAAAAGAGUGAAUGAACAAGGAGCCUUCUGGGGUCUAAUGGUUGGACUUGUGCUCGGCCUCAUUCGUAUGAUUGCAGAAUUUGUCUACGGAACAGGGAGUUGUUUGGCUGCCAGUGGCUGUCCGGACAUCAUCUGUGGAGUGCACUACCUAUACUUUGCCAUGAUUCUCUUCUUUGUUACCACGCUGGUCGCCCUGGGAAUUUCCCUGUUAACAAAACCCAUUCCUGAUGUACACCUGCAUCGCCUGUGCUGGGCUCUUCGGAACAGUACAGAGGAACGAAUUGAUUUAGAUGCAGGGGAGAAAAGAUACGAAGAAUCUGAUGAUGGUGAUGAUGAAGAUAAUCCUGAGGAAACUCGUGGAUGUCUCAGGAAGUCUUAUGACGUAUUCUGUGGUUGGGAGAAGCAAGGUCCCAAGCUGAGCAAAGAAGAGAAAGAAGCCCAGAGGAAGAAGCUGACAGACACGUCCGAGAAGCCCUUGUGGAGGAGUGUCGUGAAUGUCAACGCCAUCCUCCUCCUGGCAGUGCUAGUCUUUGCCUACGGCUAUUUUGCCUGA